AUGGGUGGAUGCCUGCACCACCAAAUCAUUCUGGUGCUGUCCCAGCAGAAUCCCCCGAAUCACGCCCUGCAGCCUCAUCACCACAUCCCCAUGGUGCCAGCUCAGCAGCCCGUGGUCCCCCAGCAACCAAUGAUGCCAGUUCCUGGUCAACACUCCAUGACUCCAACCCAACACCACCAGCCAAACCUCCCUCUGCCUGCCCAGCAGCCCUUCCAGCCCCAGCCCGUCCAGCCCCAGCCUCACCAGCCCAUCCAGCCCCAGCCACCUGUGCACCCCAUCCAGCCCCUGCCGCCACAGCCACCUCUGCCUCCGAUGUUCCCCAUACAGCCCCUGCCCCCCAUGCUUCCUGACCUGCCUCUGGAAGCUUGGCCAGCAACAGACAAGACCAAGCGGGAGGAAGUGGUGAGUAUCCCUUGA